AGCUACUCUUGAGAAACUUUAAUGAGUGAAUCAACAGGUUUGUGUCGCAGCGUUAGCUAAAUCAGCGUCAGUUAAAUCACAGCCGUUAGCUGAAUUAACAUUAAAAUGAAAUGUUAAGUUUAUUUUAUACGGUGUGUUUUCGCGGCGCCGUGAAGCUUUAAUGAAAGUGUUGAGCUCUGAAGUUUCCUCAUUGGACAGGGGGAGCUGGCUCCGUCGUACGUAUGCUAAUCCGCUCCCGAAUAUGGACACGGGGAAUGAAAUAUGGCGGAGAAAGCGAACAUGGAGAAACGAGCACUGAGAGAGCCCCGCCGCGCUGAUUUUGGAGGGUUGUAGAAAGAAGAGGAGGAAAGUGGAUGUACCCCCGGUGGGACUUUUUCCAGUGGAAAGUUUUGUAUCUGCGUCUCUUUUCUCCAGCGCGUCCAGGUCGAUUGGCUGUAAUGCAGUGAGGAGCGACUUUUUCAGGGGGAUAAAGCAGGGCAGGGGGCUGCAGCCCUCUCACCGUCUCGACGCUAUGCCGUGGGUCAGCGGCGGAAAGCGGAGAGAGAGCUCGGAACUGCCGCUGCCCGCGGGCUGGGAGGAAGCCCGGGAUUACGAUGGCAGAGUGUUUUUCAUCGACCACAACACCCGGCAAACUUCAUGGAUUGACCCCAGAGAUAGGAUCACCAAACCGCUGACGUUUGCCGACUGUGUUGGAGAUGAACUGCCUCUCGGGUGGGAGGAAGUUUAUGACCAACAAGUGGGAGUUUACUACAUCGACCACAUUAACAAGACCACCCAGAUUGAGAACCCGCGGACUCAAUGGCGGCAGGAGCAGGAACACAUGCUGAAGGAGUACCUUGUGGUGGCCCAGGAGGCCCUCAAAGCCAAGAAGGAGAUAUACCUGGUCAAGCAGCAGCGACUGGAGCUGGCUCAGCAGGAAAUGAUGCUCUUCCACGAGCUCUCUGAGGACAAUCGCUCCAUCACCAGCACGGUCUCUGGCUCCUCCUCAAACGCGAAAUACGACCCUGACCAAAUCAAAAUGGAAAUAGCCUGUAGACGAGAGCGGCUCUCCCGACUGAAGCAGGAGCUGGCCCAGGUGAAGCAGGAGCUGCAGUAUAAGGAAAUGGGAGUGGAGACCCUGCAGGAGAUUGACAGAAAGAUGUCCUCCAGUCAGACAAACUACAAGCUGGACGAGGCUCAAGCCAUCUUCAACGAACUGCGUAGCAUCAAGAAGGCCAUCAGCACAGGCGAGAAGGAGAGGCAGGACCUCAUCCAGAGCCUGGCUAAGCUGACUGUUAACUUCCAAAGCAGCUUGUCGGUGAGCGAUUCGGCCAGCGAGGUGGCGAACAGCACUGGAACCGUGGGUGACUCGUGCAAUCUGCAGCAGUACUGUGACACUGGCUGUCAGACUGACAUCAUGGGGGAGUAUGUUUCCCAAGAUUCCUCAUAUUUGGUGGACAAAGUGAAACUGAACUGGCAGUACGAGGAAGCCAAGAAAAAGGUGCAGAGCAUACAGCACCAGCUAGCACAGCUGGACAGUGAGAGCUGGUCGGGGCGGGCCGAGGCAGACCGCGACCGGGACUUCUUGCAACUCCUGCGCGAGAAGGAGGCCCUCCUGCAGGAGAUCAUUCAUGUCAGCAAGCAGCAGCACCCGCCGGAGAAGCUGCUGGAGCUGGAGGAGGAGCGCUCCAGGCUGGAGGAGGAGGUGCAGAGGGCACAGAGCUCCCAAAGCCAGGGAGCCAAUCAGAGGAUCCUGCAGCAGGAGAAGAGGAAUGUUCUGCUGAGACAGCUGGAGGAGGCAACACGCAUCACCACCUACCUUCACUCCCAGCUGAAAAGCCUGUCGGCCAGUUCUUUGACCGUGUCGUCCAGCAGCAGCCGCGGCUCUUUAGCCUCCAGUCGGGGUUCCCUGGCGUCCAGCCGAGGCUCCCUCAGCUCCAUCAGUUUCAGUGACAUCUACGGUCUCCCCCAAUAUGAGCGCCACGAGGGCGCUGGAGAGCCCCUUGACCCUCACCUCCGUUAUCUGCUUCCCCCAGAGACAGUCUCCAGAGACUGCUCCAUGUUUACCCCCGACCCUCUGACCCAGAGCAAAAUCAAACGCUCCCACGACACCCCGCAGUCCCUGGCUUCGCUGUCCUCCCGCUCCUCGCUCUCCUCCCUGUCCCCGCCCAGCUCGCCAAUGGACACACCCUACCACUCUGCCCCUCAGGACUGCCCCCUCACCCAGAUGACGGAGGAAUACAUGGAGCAGGCGGGUCGCGGUAUUUUAGAGGGGCUGCGGGCGCAGUCACACACCUCCAUGAUAAGCAGUGAGGAAACAGUCAGCCCGGCUGCUGUGCAUCAACUGGAUAACAAGAUUCACAGAGACAGCGGGGCUCAGGCGGCUUUCACCUCCACAGGAGUUACUCUGAGGGGAAACAGUGCAAACAGAAGUGGCAGGAGAGCCAGGAGAGUCUCUGCAGGUGUUUCUGAGGAUGCUCUGGCCACCGACAGCGGGGUGUUUGAGGCCUGGGGCAGAAGGGCGGAGGAGUUUGAUGAGAUGUCAUACAUGAAAGAGCUGACGUCUGCGAGCGAGCCCACCCAGAUCCAACUGGGACUACUGUGGGAGUCCAGUUCUCAGUCUCUGCGACUGUAUCUGUUACAACUCCAAAAUUUAAAUAGGUCAAUUGUGAGAGACGGCUAUAAAGUGUAUGUGAAGGUGCACCUGAUUUCACUGGACGCCAGCAGGGCCUGUGCGUUUUACUGUUGUACAGCAUUGGAGCCACAAUCCCAGAUGACUUUCAACGAAGGCUUCCGCAUUCCUGUCCCAGCAAACGCCCUGGCGGUGUGCGUUCUGCAGCUGUCUGUCUGCUCACUGGGACCUCAGGCUCAGGAAGAGCUGCUGGGUAAAGCCCAGGUGAGCCUGGCAGAUUGUGAGGGGAGCCCAGAGAUGGUUUACCACUGGCUGCGAGUGCAGAUGUUGAGUGGGACAGAGUCACAGAGGCCUGAACAGAGGAACGUCAUCCAACGCAGACACCAGGAUGGCCAGGUUGACGAACAAAGGCCCGGAGCCAUGGACACUGCAUGCAAUCUGCUGUCACGCAACACCCCCACCCACCUGGAGGAGCGGGAGAAGGACAAGCCUAGGGAGGCAGCGUCGGAAAGGAGUUGGCAGGCGGAGUCAGUCGACAACGGCUGCAGCAACAGCAUUGCAUUCGCUGCUCCCUGCUCAGAGGGCCUGUGUGCAGAGGGAAUCUGCAUCACCACUGGAAGACGCUGUGACCAGACGGUGGGCAAACCCUCAACAAUCAAGGUAGAAAAGGCGACCAUGACAGAAGGCAUGUUCCCGGAGCCGGUGCGAGUCCGACCUAAAGAGCGGGGAGGCCGCUGGGGUCACACCUCGCCGUUCAUGCGUGGUAGCACCAUUGUUCGCUCCCAGACCUUCUCACCGGGCGCUCGUAAUCAGUAUGUGUGCAGGCUGUAUCGCAGUGACAGUGACAGCUCAACUCUACCAAAGAAGUCGCCUUUUGUUAGAAACACAUUGGAAAGAAGAACACUGCGAUAUAAGCAGUCGUACCGCUCCCCCCUGGCCGAGCAGCCGACGCGCACCUCCCUGGACCUGGAGCUGGAUCUCCAGGCCUGCAGGACCCGUCAGAGGCAGCUGAUGGAGGAGCUGAGCGCCCUGAGAGAGCUGAAGCUGCGACUGGAGGAGCCGCAGUCCAGGGAGGCCACCGAGCUCCCUAACUGGGCGCUGAGGGACGAGCGCUUUCGAUGCCUGCUCAGAGAGGCCCAGAGACAGGCCAACCAAAGCAAGCAGGAGCAACGUCAGGAAGAGGCGGCAGAGAGGAGGCUGAGGAAGGCCUCUAAGGAGGUUCUACAGAUGAGAGGGCAGAGCCAGAAGGAGCCGCUGCCUGUGCAGACGUUCAGAGAGAAGAUGGCUUUUUUCACAAGACCAAGGUUCAACAUACCUCCUUUGCCGGCUGACGAUGUAUGAGAGCUCGUCUGUGUAUUAUGUGACUAAACAUGAAGUAUUUGUGCUUUUUUUUUUUUUUUUUUUUUUUUUGAGCUCAUGAAGUACCAAGAUUUCUUCUAAGGCCACAGCGACGUGACCAGCAGACUAUGAAGACUCAAAGCUCAAAGGUUUCACAUUUUCAGAAACAUUUGUGUGAUUAUUGUAAACACAAACACACUAAAGAUGCACAGUUAUCGACGACAGCGCGGCUGCUCGUUUCCUUUUUGAGGAAAGUGACUUCAAACAAUUUCCCUCUCUACUCCUGUAUGACUUUCUUCUGUUUGUGCUUACAAAAGGCUGGAAGACGGGAACAAAAGUCAGUUUGAACAAAUUCACUGUACUGUAACUUAUUUUAUAGUACUUUUCCUUGAAGGAAAUAAAAAAACUCUUCCUGCUUUUUUAAAGUGUAUUUUGUAGCUUUGAACAAAUAGCACUUCAGUGUUUUUACAUACAGUAAAAUUGAAUUAUUGUCUGAUUUUUGUCUCCUAAUUCUUAAGAGUUAUUUACAUAAAAUGUCACUUUGUAAUCCGCUUUUAUUACAGAUGUCGUUGUCCUUUUAUUAUUAUUAAAAUUAAUAUUAUUUCAUGUACUUUUCAAUAUAAGGAUGAUAUAUGAAACACUGUAUUCAGAUUUUUUUCUUAAUGUAUGAACAUCUGCAGUGUUACCUCUUGUGAAGAUAAAACCAUUAAUCUGUAUCUCGCUUGUAAUCAGUUGUGCAAAAAGCAGGAUUUUAAUGUAUUUAUUCAACCUGUGCGAGGAUGGAGGUGGUGUCAUAUUCUGCACACGCAGGCGCUUUCUUUAAAUGUGUCACAGCAUUACAUAAGAUUUUUCUCUAACCACAGCCAGCCUGCGAUGACCCAUUUGAGUCUAAAUUUGCAGAUUCUUGAGAAGCCGUACCACAGUUGAAGCAGGCAGCUGUGUCAGCUAAUUAUCUUUAUACAACAUCCUGUUGAAGUUUUUUCAUAACACGAGGAAAGGCAGCAGAUGUAAUUCGACUGCAGCGCCGCUUCUGAGGCUUUGUUAGCAGACAAAGCAACUCGGUUGGAUUUCUCAUGGAGGCGUCAGAGGCAGCGAUGUGUUGACACAUCUGCAAUCAAACCUUCAAGUUCUCAUGGUUCGUUCCUAAACAGAAAAAUUUAGCUUGCUUUUUUUUUUUAGAAGCCCCACAAAGCCCAGCAGCGUGCCUCUGCUUGUCUGUAUUUUUUUGGGACCAAUUUUACAAAUGCUUGCUCGUGUAUUUUUUAAGACGACAGCUCAGGGGCAAGUCUGACAUGGGCCAACACACUUUUCAGUCAUCCAAUACUUUUAUUGUAACAUCUAGCAUCAAGGAUCCCCUGAGAAUAGUUUCCAAUGCAGAAGGAAGAUGAAAAACAGAUUACCCCCCGCUCUUUUUGUUAUUCAGUACGAAAGGUUAGACGCUAAAAAGGGGAAAAAAACACACACUUUAACGCUCAUACAGAAAAAAAAAAAUGCUAAAAAUUUUUAAGAAUAACUUAGUUGGAACAUAAAUUAACAAAAGUGGGUAAGAGAAAAUGAAUUCAGGUGCAGCUUACAGAGAGGUAUAAAUGAAUCGUCACUGAGCAAAUACAAAAGCCACAAACCAUUUGUACCCACAACUGCAUUCUCUUUAAACAAUACGAACCACACACAAUAUAAGAAAACACGAUGGCAAACCACUAUGUGUUAUGCGUCCAGUUGAGCAGCUGUUUAAAAUGAACAGGCACCUGUAAUUGGAGUCAAAGGCUGAGAGAAUAUAGUAUCUGGGUCAAUGUUUGCACAUCGUAAGUGAGAGCCCUGAUGUUCCACUCAAACACAUACACAUCUGUUUGUAACGCGUAGGAGAUGUCCAGUAAAACAAACAAACACUUAUUCAUGAAUCUGUGUUUUCAGGCUGUAAAAUUAAAGGGGAACUAUUAUGUUUUGCCUAAAUUUCUGUCACAUGCUGUACUGUGUGAAAGUCCUGAGCCACACUUCAUUUCUUCACAUUUUACUUCCAAGGAGCCAGACUUUUAGUAGACUUGAGCUUUCAGCCCAGUCCUUGUACCUGUCCAUUUUCAGAGGAACUUCUUUUGUUAGUUAAGCCACUCAGUCACCUACGUAUCACCAGAGCACAAAAAAGGCACCUAACUCAACGGAUGAACCAGUUGUAUUUUUACGAAACAGACAACUUGGCAAAGAAACUCUUUAAAUUGUAUCUCUUGGCGUUUUUGCAAGUCUGCUGGUUGGAUACUGUAUUUCCGUGUCUUUUGUUUAUUCUAUGAAAAAAGCCAAAGCUAACACAGUUUGAGAGACAUAAAAUAGUAUGUUUACAUCACCAAGGUGAUUCCCAAAGUGCACUGGGGGGGGGGGAGAACUGGACACAUGGAGAACCAAAGAAGUGUCAGGUCUAAAAACAAAAACUACAGCAGAGGAACAGUCUCUGAACAUCAUGCCCCUAAGUAACAGGGAAACAAAAGAUCCUCCGGUCCUAACACAGGACCUGAGAGACACAUCUGGCCAUUCACUUGAUCCAUCUACUGUUCACUGACGCCUCAUAAGAAGUGGUCUCAGUGAAAGGCUGUGAAGAAGCCAUUUGUAAGGAAGGGAACAAGAGGUAUGAAAAAUCAGCAGAAGGUUCGUCUCAGAGAGUUUAGGCUAUAUUGGAGAAUAAAGGUGAUGAUGUAUUUUUAAAAAAUGAGCAGUGACUCGAGACUUUUGCACAGUACUGUAUAUCGCUCCAGUUCCAGAUGUUUAAUAUAAACAGGUACAAGGAGAUCAGUGUAUAUACAUAAAGUAAAUCCCAGGCUGUUGAACCCGUGUAUCUACUGUUCGCCCAGCUCGACCGAUGUUCCACCAGGUGAAAUCUGGCAGCAUUGUUGGGCCCUGAGUGAAAGCAGUGGUAAAGUUGGGGUUGAAACCUGUUCUGCUAUCAGCGUUUUCCCUGCUGUGCUCUGCGUGAAGCGUAAAUUCUUGAGGAGCAAUUUACUAGUCCUAUAAAUCAAGUGUAACCAUCAGCUAGGAGGCACACCCUCAGUUUAAGCCCAACAUAGGUGCUUGAAGAGUGUGAAAACAAAAGCUUUCCCCAAACGGUUCUCACAUAAAAUUUAAUUGGUUUUUUUGCACACACACACCAUUCUGCCUGUUCUGCACACUCACAUUCAGACACUGUGUCCUCACAGCUGUGUUCUUUUCAAAAACGCAACUUCAUAAUUACCUGCACACGACGCAUUCAGGCGACAUGUGCAAACUGUAGCUUUAACAAAACAACAUGGCUUGCACUCUCCUCGGUCUCUGCACCUGUACAAUGAAUAAGGAUUGCUUUGAUCUGUGAAUCAGGCAAAGCUGCCGAUUACAAGAGUAACAAUAGCUGGGGCUGGGAUUGAUAAUAGACCCCCCUUAAAAAAACAAAAAAACAACAACAAAAAAAACACGAGUUGGAGUAGCACCAGUGCACAUACAGCAUGAUGCACAACUGCAAAGAUAUAUAUUUAAAAAAAAAAAAAAAAAAAAAGCAGCCUGAGUCUGCAC